AUGUCCAUCUUCGCAGAACAACUGCAGUCCAUCUUGAAGCAGCAACAAGCUCUGUUUGAGGAGGCUCAUAUGAAGAUGAUGGAGUCCAUGAUGCAAAAAUUCAGUUUGCAAUUUUCUGGUCCAGAUUCUUUCGCUAACCAGUCCACAUCAGCGGACGCCACUGCUGCUGCUAUCACAGAGUUCAUCUGUGACCCCGACUCCGGCGUUACCUUCGACGCUUGGUUCAAA